AACCUGUAUCGGUCGCAUUGGAACGGUGGAUCGGUCUAUAACAACAACAAGGCUAUAUAAAAACCGUCUUUAUCUCUCAAGCUGAUUUUUGUCUGAUGAGUGCAAGUUUGGAUUUGGACUGAGACUGAGAGCCUAACAAUGCUGGGAGAGGCUGGAGCUUCAUCACAGGAGCUUCCCUUGACUCAGGAAGGAUCCAAUGGGCUGCCGGCCGGGCCGGACGCGCUGGCGGCGCUGGCCGGCCGGCACGGCGCGCCGCUGCUGCCGCGCACACACCACUUCCACCGACACCACGGCUCCAACAUCAUACUCUGCGACGACAAUACGGCCGCCUACCGCAAGGCCAGCUUCGCCAACGCCAUCACUUUCAGCCAGCGCGCCCUCGUGCCCGGCGAGAUCUUCUGCAUCGAAAUCGAAAAGACGGAGCCCGGCUGGAGCGGGCACCUGCGGCUGGGCCUGACCCAGCUGAACCCCGACACCGGCUUCCCGCUGCCCUCCUACGGCCUGCCCGACCUGGUCAGCCUGCGCGGCUCCUGGCUGGUGGCCGUCAACAAGCCGCCCGACGUGCCGGCGCCGGCCGCCGCGGUAGGCGCACCGCGCACCGGCCGGCCGCCCGCACCGGCCGGCCACCCGGCCUACCUGCGCACCGCGUUUAAGACGGUGCCGCGUGCGGCGCUGCGCGCGCCGGCCGGCAGCGGCGUGCUGCCCACCGACGUCGGCUCGCGGCUGGGCGUCAUGUACGUGCCGCGAGCCGGCGGCGAGGUGGCAGACAUGCACCUGAUCGUCAACGGCGACGACCAGGGCGCCGUCGAGAAGGAGAUCCCACUGCGCGGCGCGCCGCUUCACGCCGUGGUCGACGUCUACGGAUCCACCAAACUGAUCCGGAUCGUGCAGCUGUACGGAGUUCAGUCGCUGAUGAGUUCGUGCCGUGAGGUGAUCCUGCAGCAUUUGGUCGGCAGCCGCGUCUCCCAGCUGCCCCUGCCCCCGGCGCUGAAGAACUUCCUCGCCUUCAAGAGCUGAGUGGCGGCGCGGGGGGGGGGGGGGGGGUCUGUCAGUGCCGGGUCCGCCCCGGGAGGGUCUGCCAGUGCCGCCGGGUCCGCUCCGGGAGGGUCUGCCGCCGGGUCCGCUCCGGGAGGGUCUGCCCCCGCCGGGCUCGCUCAGUUGAGCCGCGGUAGCCGCGCCGGCCGUCGACACGAACCGCCGGCCGCGGCCGCUGGGCCUUUGUCAAGGACUGGCGUGCUGGGCGGCUGGCUGACGGAGACUGGACUCGGACUGUGGACGGACGGACGGCGGGGUGGACCCGUUCUGUGGACGGCCGGCCGGCGGGGUGGACCCGUGCUGUGGACGGCCGGCCGGCGGGGUGGACUCUGACUGUGGACGGCCGGCCGGCGGGGUGGACUCUAACCAGGGCUGCGGAGUCGAUGGAUUUUCGGCGACUCCGACUCCGACUCCGACUCCGGCUUUCAAAAACCAGCUCCGACUCCGACUCCAACUCCGGGCAGAAUUGUCGACUCCGACCGACUCCAAC